AUGGCUCUAUGGGCAUUUGCAUUCUUUUCCAUACUUGCCCCAGCAGUUGCUGAGGAGGCACAGCUCAGGGGCAGCGUCAGCGUCGGGGAUAGUAAUGCAACGAUUCUGACCAAAGGUGCUGCGAAGAAAGCCUCUUCUUCCACGCACCUUGCAUGGAUGCCAGACUUGUCGUUUUGCCUUUCCAGUGAUGGAAACCGCAUCGGCAACGGUGUGAAGGUACAGCUCUGGCGUUGCGACCAAGCGUGGCAAAGCGGAGGCCAGAACUUCUUCCUUGAUGACGCCGGACGGAUCAGGAUGCAUCAGAAUCUAGAAUACUGCGUCGUGAUCGACGGCGACAGGUAUGAGAAUGGAGCGAAAAUUCAGCUUUGGAAAUGCAGCGACAGCAACAAGCACCAGACCUGGUACUUCAACGAUGUCGGACAAAUCGAGGCACGGAACGCCCCCACGCAGAUGUGCCUCGUUAUCGACAGCAACCAUGGGUUCAAUGGGGCAAAGAUCCAAUUGUGGUCUUGCCAGCAGUCUUCUGACAAGCUCCAGGACUGGGUCAGAAUCGCCUUGGGCCCUUCUGGGUCUCGAGCCUACGCGCUCCCUAACGAGGACAAGGCAUGCACUCUUCCCUUCGAGCCUGUGGGUGCAACGGCAGCCGACUGUGUGGAGGCCGCUGAAGCAGUCCGUCCAGGACAGAGAUGCCACUGGGGAGGUACCUGGGCAGACGUCGUCUCCGAGGUAAGCUAUCCUGACUGGCCUCAGGGAUGCCACUUCUAUUCUGCAUGCCAGGGCGGCUGCUCUCUUGGAUUCAACCCCAUGGGCCAGGGAAGCAGCGUUCCAUCUCAAGGUCAGUGUAUGCGCAUCAAUAUGAUAUGCCAGAUGCGGCUGCCUUGA